AUGGUAAGGGCAAGAGACCGAUUACUUAAACGAGAAUUUCGCCAACAAACUAAGACGCAAGGACUUAUCCACGCAUGGAAGGAUGGAAAGGAUGGAAAGGAAGAUGAUCUUUCGUUGGGGCAAAUAAAAAGUAUUAUGACAAUCGCAUGCUGA